AUUGAAUUAAGAUGUCAUAUAUAAAUAAAUUGCUUAUAGCAAAUAGAGGUGAAAUAGCUUGUAGAGUAAUGAGGACAGCCAAGAAAAUGGGCAUUAAGACUGUAGCUGUGUAUAGUGAUAUUGACAAAAAUACUUUAUUUGUUGAUAUGGCUGAUGAAGCAUAUAAUAUAGGUCCUCCUUAGGCUUGUAAUUAUGAAUCAAUAAAACUUUAGUGCAAUCAUAUUUAAGGAGUGACAAAAUCAUAGAUGUUGCAUUAAGUACAAAAAGUUAAGCAAUUCAUCCAGGUUUUGGAUUUUUAUCAGAGAAUGCACAAUUUUCUGAAGAUUGUCAAAAGAAUGAUAUAGUAAUAAAUAUCUUAAAUAUUGAAAGAUAUUUGUAGGUCCUAGUGCAGAUGCAAUAAGAAAAAUGGGUUCUAAAAGUGAGUCAAAGAUAAUAAUGACAGAUGCAUAAGUACCAGUUGUGCCAGGAUAUCAUGGUGAAACAUAAGAUCCUAAUUUGUAAUUAUGAUUUUAAUUAGAUAAGUCUUCUCUAGGAAGCUGAGAAAAUUGGAUUUCCAGUAUUAAUAAAAGCAGUUAUGGGUGGAGGUGGAAAAGGAAUGAGAAUUGUUAGAUAAAGAUCGGAAUUCUUCGAAGCUUUAGAAGGAGCAAAAAGAGAAGCAUUAAAUAGUUUCAAAGAUGAAAGAGUGUUAGUUGAAAAAUAUAUUGAAAAGCCAAGACAUAUAGAAGUUUAGAUCUUUGGUGAUAAACAUAAUAAUUAUGUUCAUUUAUUUGAGAGAGAUUGUUCUAUAUAAAGAAGACAUUAAAAGGUUAUUGAAGAAGCACCAUCAGCUUUAGAAGAGAAGAUUCGAUAUGAUAUUGGUGAAGUAUAAUUUAAUUCAUUUAUUAGAAAGCAAAAGCAGCUGCAAAAGCAGUUAAAUAUUCAAAUGCAGGAACUGUAGAAUUCAUAUUUGACUUGGAUUCAAGUAAAUUCUAUUUUAUGGAAAUGAACACAAGAUUAUAAGUAGAACAUCCAAUUACAGAAAUGAUUACAGGGGUUGAUUUAGUUGAAUGGUAACUUAGAGUAGCCACUGGAGAACCUUUACCAUUAACUUAAGAAUAAAUUAAAAGAAAAGGACACUCUAUUGAAGCUCGUAUCUAUUCAGAAAGCCCAAAUAAUAAUUUCUUACCUGGUAGUGGCAAACUUGAUCAUUAUUCUGAACCAUAAGCUUCUCAAUCUGUGAGAAUUGAAACUGGUGUUAGAGAAGGAGAUACUAUUUCUAUAUUUUAUGAUCCUAUGAUUGCUAAAUUAGUUGUCUAUGGAGAAAAUAGGUAAAUGGCUAUCUAAACUCUUUUAAAUGCCUUAUAAAAUUAUUAAGUAUUGUUUUUACAUUAAUAUUUUAGAUUCAUGGAUUACCUAAUAAUAUUUCAUUUUUAAAAACUGUUCUUUAACAUCCAGAAUAUGUUAAUUAAUAAUAUGAUACCUCUUUCAUUAAUAAAAACUAAAAUAGUUUAUUAAAAUUAAAAGAAAAUUAUAAUCCUAUAGAUAUUGCUCUUGCAAUUGUUGGUAGACAUUACUUAAAUUAAGUUCAGUUACCUAAAUCACUAUUAAAUUUUAGAAAUGGCGCUCAAAUUCAUAAUAAAUUAACUUUAAAUAUUUAAAGUGCUUCAUAUGCUCAUUAAAAGGAAAUUAAGAUUGCUCAUUAUAUUAAUGGUGAAAACCAUGAAUUAGAUAUUGAAGGUUCAAAGAUUAUAGUACAAAAAAUUACUAAAAAUAAAGAACACAAAAGUUUAUUAAUUUUUGAAACAAACUAAGGAAUCUUUAUAAGAACUAUAAGAAAUGAAAAAAACUUAUUAAUUUUUGAUGCUGAAGGAGAUCCUAUUACAAUUACUGUAUCAUCUGAUGAAGUUAAGAAGGUAAAAUAAGAUUUACAUGGUCAUGGUAAUAAUAAAGUGAUUGUUGCUCCUAUCCCAUGUACUUUGACCAAAGUUAAUGUAAAAGUUGGAUAAAAAGUUAAAAGAGGUAAACUAGUUAAAUUUAUUAUAGGUGAUAUUUUAAUUAUUAUGGAAGCCAUGAAGAUGGAGCACACAAUCAAAGCUGCUAUUGAUGGCGAAGUUAAAGAAAUAAGAUACAAAGAAGGAUAAUUCAUUGAAUCAGAUGCUAUGAUUGUUAAAUUAGAAUGA